GUACCUAUGAAAAAGGGACCUUGGGAUCCUCAAGAGGACGCUAUUCUAGUUUCCUAUAUCAACCAAUAUGGUCCGGGCAAGUGGAAUUUGGUUCGCGCCAAAGGAUUUGACUUAGCACGCUGCGGCAAAAGCUGCCGUCUGCGAUGGGUGAAUCACCUCCAGCCCAACUUAAAGAAGACACCUUUUACAGUGGAAGAGCAGCAACUUGUGUUUGAGCUCCAUGGUCGAUUUGGUAAUCAGUGGGCGCGGAUCGCGUCCCAGAUGCCGGGCCGUACAGACAACGAGAUCAAGAACUUUUGGAACACGAAGCACAGGAAGCUGAAGCAAAAGAAGGUGAACGGGGAGAAAGGAAGCAGUGAUGGGGCUACAAAUGCUGGUGCUGUGGGAGGAGGGCCUGGCGCUGUUACAGCUUCGACGGGAACGAACACUGCUGAAAGCAGCGGGGCUGGGCCUGGCGCUGGUACAACUUCGACGGGAACGAACACUGCUGAAAGCAGCGGGGCUGGUGGCGGAAGUGGCGGGGCGAGAGGGGGGGAGAAAGGGGGGGAAAGAGGGGGGGAGAGAGGAGGAGAAAGAGGGCAUCACCCCGGCAAAAUGUCGAACGGUACAGGAAGCUCAUCUGGGAGAUCAACACAUGGGCCUCGCUCGAAGAGCAGUGGAGGCGGAGGCAGCAGUCAUGCAGCAGCGUCGGCAGCUGUAACGAGUCUUGAGAAUGGCGGUGGCGGUGGUGGAAGUGGACACCAUCAUUCUCACAUGAGAGGCUCGAGAAGCCAUCAACAUCACCAUGGCAGUCAUGGUUGGAGUUCUCUGGGCUCCGCAUCUUCAGAAGGAGGGGGAGGGGGAGGAGGAGGAGGAGGAGGAGGAGGAGGCGGAGGAGGAGGUGGAGGUGGAGGGUGUGGUUUCCCUAAGGUUCCCUCCACCAACUCUGCCACGGCAUAUCUAAUCACUCACAGCGGCGUGAAAGGCAGCAACAGCAGUAGCAACCUUCACGCUCACGGAAAGCAACAACAGCAACAGCUGCAUCCGCAUCAGAAUGCUGGUGCGGGAUUCUCUAGUCUAGAUAUUACAGUUGGUACUUGCCAGCAUUCUGGAGGCGCUGGCUGUGUUCUAGGGAGCCCGAGUCUAUCCACAGUUCUUGACCCAUUCGAUGGGCUGCAUGAAGAGAGCACUCGUCAUCUCGUGGACGACAACGAUGCCACGGGGGCGGCCGCAUUUGAGACGGCCACAUCGUCACGAGCGGGGAUAGCCCGAGUCAGCCGAGGGGUGGAAACGUGCACGGAUCUGGAGCAGUCGUUCUCGGCAUGGGAGGAAGACAAUUUCCCGGGUCAUGGCCAGGGAAGACUGCAUCAGGGACCUACGAUGGUGUCCGCCGCCACUCAGGCGGAGAGCCACAGCAGCAGCGGGGACAAGGAACAGGUGGAGAGUAUGGUGGAGGUGGUAGGAAAACCGGCGUGCAAAGGAAUUGCAGCGGCAGCGGUGGCCGCUAUGGGGACGUACAGCGGUGCGUCGUUGUCGGGAAAGAGCGGAUUGAUGUCGCACACAGCGGGUGUGACAACGGGAAGCGGGGGGGGGCGAAGUGGCGGAGGCUUGCGGAAGAGGGAGGCGAGCAGCCAGGGAGGUGUUGGCGGGAUUGCGAACUGUGUGGCGGGGGGGCACUUGAGCGGAACGAAGGCGGUAGGAAGUCCGAGCAAGGUGAGGAAACGACUGUCGUCGUCGGCGGCGGCAGCUGCUGCUGCUGCUGCCGCCGCCGCCGCUGCGUCUGCCUCGGCCUCUGCCACGCCAGCACCUCCCUCCGCUGCGCUGAUCACUGCAACCACGGGCAUGACUAUCAUGCCCUCGGCAAACUCUCCGAGAAGAAUCAUCAUCAGGCGUAAUGAUAGACAACUGGCGGCUACCUCUACUCAGCAAUCGCAGCAGCAACAGCCACAGCAACAGCCACAACAGCAGCAGCAGCAGCAGCAGCAGCAGCAGCAGCAGCAGCAGCAGCAGCAGGCAACUAGCGCUUGCCACCUGUCGACGACACCGGUCAGUUCGCUGUCAGGGGUUCAACCUCCGGCGAUACCGGCAGAUGUAUUCGGCUUGUGGACGGCUGCAGGGACGCUUGGAGGAGCUGGUAUGGUCGUUGGGGGCGGAUUGGAAGACUUCUGUGCGCAAUCUUGUGAGUGGGCGACAGCAGGAGUAGGGCCAGCGGCGCACGCGUUUGACGAACCAACCCUGAGCGUCGGUACCGAGACUGGCAAGCUUGUUUGGGUGGAUCCUGGCCCGAUGUCCGGUCACAAAGAUGGCUGUCUGUACCCGGGACCAGAGGGUGACGGGUGGAUUUCCUUGACAGAGGCAGGAAUAAUCAGCACAAACUCCUUCUCCCAACUAGACUCCUCCGUUCCUACCCCUACGAUGCUCGCCUUGGAAAACAGAUCACCAGGGAGCGGCGGUGCGUGGGGGUCUGGGGGUGCAAAGUUCAACCCGUUGUCCGAGAACGAGAUGGCGAAGUUGAGGCGAGGGAACAUUGUUCGGAACUUCGUCACCGCGGGCCAGUACGCCGGGGACCAGUCCAAGAUGCACGGGGACCGAAAGUUGCGUUGCAACUUAUGCGGCCACCUAUUUCAGGGGGGGUCGUCGAAGGCCGCGCGUCAUUUCACGCAGGCGAAGUUCUGCAAGGCUGGGGAGAUGAGAGUUCUCGCGGAACUCUGGAACGGCACGAACUACACAUUCAUGCCGUCCACUGCUCAGCGGGUGCAGAGGUGGAUGGCAGACGAGGGCAUACGGGACACGAGAGCGCCCGCUAGUGGCCAGCGACAGCGGAUGGACGACGCGGAGAGGGACGAGAUUCAGGAUGCCCUCGAUGAGGAGGGCCACGAGGGUGGGGCCAGGGAGGGGGGGGUGGCAGACGAGGGAGACGAGGGAGUCGGAGAGCCUAACCUGCAGGGGAGGAGGUGGGAGAAGAGGGCUCGGCAGACCACGAUUGACGAGAUGUACGCCAGGGAGAAGUUGGCCGAGUUCUCAGACGCGUGGCUUCAGUGGGUCUACGUGAAGAAGUUGCCAUUCAACGCCUUCCGAGGUCCGGAGUUCCAGAGGGUGCAGCAGGCAGCAGAGAGAGUGCCUCGCUCUAUCCAGUUCCGGUUUCCCUCGUACAGGGUUACAGCGGGCGUCGGUAUCCCUUCGCAGAGGGCGAAGGUGGCGACGAUAAUGAGCAAGGUGCGCGCCACUUUCCGGCACAGCGGUGCCACCAUCCUCUCCGACGGGAGGAAGUCACGCAGCGGCAAGCCGCUCGUGAACUUCCUCGCCGGGGGCGCCAAUGGCGCCCUGCUAUACGCCACCGUCGCACGUGACGGGUCGGUCCGAGACACAGCGGACGUCGUGUACCGUAGGUGGCGGGCCAUCAUCUUGUCCGUUCCUGCAAAGGACGUGAUCGGUUUCUGCACAGACUCCGCCAGUAACUAUACCGCGGCAGCGCGCAGGUUCGCCACAGACCCCGAGCCUGACAUCAGGAGGAUCACUUGGCUCCCCUGCUCCACCCAUGUCUGCAACUUGAUGUUGUCAGAUAUCGGGACGCGAGUGGGGUGGGUCAAGGAGACCAUCAUCCACGCUCGAGCGCUUGUGCGAUUUAUUAAAUCGCACGGCGCUGCUCACACCCUGUUUAGGAAGGUGCAGUGGGUGCAGCAGCAGAUCCGGGACAGGGAGUUUUGGCAGCGUGUCCAGUACGCCAUCCUAGGCAUGUCGCCCGUCCACCAGCUGUUGCGCAGGAUGGAUAGAGGGGGGAUGAUGAUGUCCGUCGUUUACGAGUGGAGUCAGCAUCUGCUGCAGUUGAUGAGGAGGGUCGACGUGCCAACGGACAUGAUCGAGCCGUGCGUGCGUGAGGUUGCCAUCUGCAACCUCCACAUGCUAGAGCCCGCACAUGCCGCGGCCCACCUCCUCAACCCUCGUCGACGGUCCCUCACGUAUUACCAUUCGCUGGAGACGACCGCCGACGACCGCCGUGUGGUCGAGGAGUGCGACAUAUUUCUCCUGGCGCAGACCGGCGGCGAUCCGGUCGGCAGAUUGUACAGGAGCGUGAGGGACCAGAUGAGGGCGUUCCACUCGAGGCGAGGGGAUUGGGGAGAUCAUGACCUCUCCGAUGCCGAGGCGGUCAAUUGCAGGGGGGACAGCGGGACCGAGCGAUGUGCAGCUUGGUGGUUUGAGCACGGACGUGCCCACCCGGAGUUGCGCACCAUCGCCAUCCGUGCGGAGCACGAGCGCGUUAGCACGACGAGGCGCUGCAAGCUUGGGUUCGCCAAGCUUGCACAGCUGGUUGAGAUUGCCACCAAUCUCCAACUGGCCUCGUGCGCACGACAGGGUGGUGGCUACGUGUUGCCAUGGGUUAUGGGGACCGGUCGGGGGGGGACGGUGGCAGAGGAGGAGGAGGAGGAGGGAGAUGUGGAGCCCGAGGUGUGGGGAGCGCAACCUGAUGGCAGUGUUCUCGAGCAAGAGAUCCAGCAGCAGAUUGUCGCUUUCCAUGACAGCCGACCGUCCAGAGCCCGUUCGGUUCGGGACAUGUUCGGCAGCAAAGCAACGGAGCUGCGACCGUGGCCAGAGGGUGGGGAUGAUGUGGACGCUGCUGCGGCAGACGACCACAUCGACGACGACUGGACUGAUGAUGAUGACACGCCGCUGAGUCGCGACCCGACGGCUGAGCAAGUGUACUUCACUUACGGUGGGGGUCAUGACGGCAUGGAUUCAUUCACAUCAGUUAUCACAGGUGAUGUGCCGUCGACCGCGCAGGCGAGUGGCAGCAGCAGAGCCGGCGGUGGUCAUGGAGGACAUUCGCAUGCGGAGGUUCGCGUGGACGACUCAGGGGAGCAGCAGCCACGGGGAGGUCUUCGGCAGACAGGCAGGCGUUGGGAGGUUAGGAGCGACAGCGAGGCCGAGGGGGAGGCCGAGGAUGAGGAGGUGCCCCUUCGCGAUCGUCGCUUCUCUCCCUCCCAUCACCCGAUCUCUGCACAACCCGAGGCACUUAGGCGUUUGGAGAGGUUGGCGUCGACAGCAGGAAGAGACCGGACACAUGACGGCGAGGAUCGUGGGGGGGAGAGGACUCCUUCCGACGCCGGUAUCCGCCCCCGCUCGCCGUCGGUGCUCCGCACACAGGACUUCGACGUCGUAGGGCUUGGCGGGAGCUUGGGAGAUUUUAGUGUCGAGGGACGUCGACAUGCCUCACCGCAGGAGGUGCGCACAGACGCGGACAUUGAGCGGGGCCCUGUUGAGACUGAGGAGGAGAGGGAUGCCCGUUUGGACCGAGAGGAGGAGGAGCGGCUGAGGAGUUUGCCACAGUGGGAGGGUCGGUUCGCGUAUCUCGACGAGCAGUGUCCGCAGAGGGACUUGGAGACAGGAGGCGGGGGGGGGCGUGACGUCGACGACUUCGGUGUCCCUGAGGAGGCGGUUCAGGGGGAGUUCGAUUAUGAAGGCCAGGAUGCCGCCGCGGGUGGUGGGUCAGGUGGUGGACGACGUGGCGACGAGGAGACCGCGGGUGUCCCUGAGGGGCAGGAUGUUGUCAUGGGCGGUGGAUCCCCUAGUGGGGGCCGUGGCGACAGCGAGACCGCGGGUGAUGAGGGACAGGGUGCCACAGUGUGUGGCAGAGGAGAGGGUGGACCCGGUGGAGAUGGGGAUACCGCGGGUGUCGGUGGAGACGAUGGACCGGACGACGACGAUGACGACGACCACGGUCCCGAGGACGAUCCGUAUAGGCUCGCCUUGGUGUUGAGGGACCCCACAGUGCCUCCCUUGCGCCCUGAGGACACAGCGCACACUUUUUUCGACGUCGACGCUUUGGCACAAGCGUUGACAGAUGACCCUUUCGCACACGUGAGCCGCAAGAGCGGCAAGCAACGCGCCCCUGGAAAGGUAUAUUCACCGCCGAUGUUCGUGGUGUUGAGCCCUCACUGGUCGGGUUCGUCGCUCAGCGGCGUGAGAGGGAGGGAGUCCGGUGCGGGUGAGGUGGGGUUCGGCGGACGCAGCGACGGCGGUAGAGAUAGUGUAGGAUCGAUGCCUCCACCACCUGCACAAACUCCGGAGGCCAGGGUCGACACCGGGGACGGGACGGCGGCACCCGGAGUUGCGCACAGUGACAGUUCCCCGCCGACAGUCCGAGGUGGUGUGGGUGGCGGAUGGUCAGCCGUUCGUCGGGUCGGUGACCGGUUGCGGGCGGAUUACGACGCCGGGAGGGGCGUCUUCACGGGAUGUACGGCUGUUCAGACGCAGGCUGCGGAGGGUGGGUCCGGACGUCCGACCCUGCAGAUGGCAGGCCGCAUGCUUGGUUUGUCACGAGCGGAGACGAGGAGAUCAUUGGUCCUCGAGGCCGCAGGGACAUCCGCGGACAGGCUGCGGGGAGAGCAAUUCACAUCGGGCGAGGAGGGGUUGUUGAUGCGUCCCGGGACGAGACGACAGCAUGGCCUCUCGGAGGUUGAGGCUCGACUCGCUGCAGGGGUCGCCGCUGGGCAGGCAGCAUUGGACGCGAUUCAGAGGGAGAGAGAGAGGGGGAUUGCUGCACAGGCGGAGGAGGACGAGGACGCAGACACUGAGUCCGAGCCGAUCGAGACUGCGGCCCGCACACACAGGGCACAGGUGGCCGCGGCAGCCGCUGCAGCACAUGCGGCAUACGUCAGCGGGGAACGGGGCACAGGUGCCGGAGGGCACAUGGCACAGGUGCCGGAGGGAGAGGAGGGCGCCGGGGAGGACCGCAUGGCCGCCCGUCCUCCGGGAAAGGCCGCGCGCGCUCUAGUCAUCAUGUCGAGCCGCAAGUAUGAAGCCAGCCUUGUCAAGCGCCAUUUUGAUGUCCUUAGCCCCGCAGGCAAGGAUCCUUCGAAGGGGGGAAAGUGGUGGGUUUGCCAUUACUGCGAUCUAAAAUUUUCGGGCAAUCUCAAUCGCCUGAAGGAACAUUUCACAAAGGGGAUUUGUGCAGUUGAGAAAUCAACGAAAACAUUGACCGCAGAGGAAAUCUUGAGAAGGAAGGAAGGAUUGCGGCAGGCAAGGACAGACUCGGGCAUGGCGAGGGACGGUGCCAAUGCCCUACCUGUUGUCACCUAUUUGGUGGCUGCUUCUACGGGCGGGGGUUUGGUCGAAGGGGUGGGUGACGCUUGUGGCGAAGCAGCGGGCGUUGCUUGUGGCGAAGAGAACGAGUUCUUCAACGACAUGGUGGACGCCAUACGAGAGGCCCACCCGUCAUGGAGACUGCACUCGAGAGAGGCGGCGCGCAAUGGCCGAUUAAAUGGACAGCACCAGAGGGCGAUCGAGGACGUUGGGAGAUUGGCGAAGAAGUGGGAUCGCACCAGCUGUAUGGUGCAAGUAGAUGGGUGGUCUGACCGGCGGGGAAGACCACACGUAAACGUCAUGGUGUCCUCUCCCAUCGGCACCGUCUUUUGGAAGUCGGUGUGCAUAGCGGGAAAGGACAAAGACGCCUGUGCAUACUACAGAAUACUCUCCACUGCGAUUGAGGAGAUUGGCCCAAGAAGCGUGGUCGGGGUGAUCAUGGAUAAUGCCCGGGUUUGUGUGAAGGCCGGGGAGUUGGUGGAGAAAAAAUACCCGUGGAUAUUCCGGGUGGGUUGCACGGAGCAUGCCCUUGACCUCGCGUUGGAGGACAUGGACAAGCGCAUUUUGUGGUUUGCGGAGACUGUGAAGAGGGGGAAUGUGUUGGGGAAGUUCGUGAUGAACCACGACAAGGUUCGAGCACUUUUCCUUACCAAAUCGGGUGGUGUCGAGAUUAAGAGGCCGGGCGUCACUCGAUUCGCGACCAACAUCCUCAUGUUGCAGUCGCUGUGGGACAGGGCAAAUGCCCUGAAAUUGACUUUGGCUGCCAGCGGGUGGGUCUCCUCCCUGGUGCCGCCCCACCUGCGUUCUCAAUUCGAGGAGGUGACGGCGACUAUCUUGGAUGGCGGCUUUUGGGAGCGGGUGGACAAGGCCUUGAGGACCACAAAGCUCGUCGAUGGUCCGGGCGCAACAAUCGCCAAGGUUUAUCAUCGAAUGAAUGGUGUGGUGGAGUCGAUUCACAAGCUGGACAUCUUGGCAGACUUCGAGAAGGCAGAGGUCGAAUCGAUCCUCAUGGAUCGAUGGGCGUUCAUGACUUCAGAGCUGCAUUGUGCAGCAGCCUUCUUGGACCCGGAGUACAGAUCGCAGGGCUCCUUCAGAGACACUGAGAUCCGAGCCGGGUUCAACAUAUGGUUGUAUACCUGGUGCACAGACGAGAUGUUCGAUGAUGUAAGCUGGCAGGUUGACGAGUGGGUGCACUUGAAGGGGGCCUUGCAAUCAGAAGAAGCUUUGCGCGCAGCACGCACCAAGACCCCGGCGAUGUGGUUAGAUGUGUUUGCAUCGCGGCUGCAUCUUUUGCAGCCCCAAGCGAUCAGACUGUUGGGCCAGGCAAGCUCAUCCGCGGCAUGCGAACGCAACUGGAGUCUGCAUGAGCUCAUUUUUGGCAGGAGGAGGACGAGGAUUCUGCCCACCCGCCUAUCAAAGCUCGUCUACAACAAUUGGAACCUCCACCUGCAGUGGAGGCAAGAGCGCGGCCGUGGUGUGAAUGAUGUCCACAUUCUGUGGGUGGAGGAAAUGUCGGACGCCGAGUUGAAGGAGGAGGCAGAGCAGUUCUACAAUGAUUGGGUGAAACGGGUGAAGAACAGCAUGCCGAGUGGCGAGAAUGACACGUCGGACGAGGAAGGCGAGUUGGAGGACGACGACGAUGGCGAGGAAGUGCCUAUGGCAAGGAGGUGGUUGCGCAAUGACAAGGUGGACAAUGCAAUGGACCAGGAGGAGGGCCUUGCGCACAUAGAUAAGUACACGGACGACUGGCACUUCAACACUCGAUCGGGGAGGCAGCUGGAGCGUGCCUUGCGGAGGUUGUCGGGCCAUGAGCGCCCAACACCUGAAGUGCAGUAUAACAAGGAGGACCGGGAGCUUGCGUUGCGGGCUCGAGAGACGGGUGAUUGUGUGGAGGGUCGAAAGGAAGGUGGAAGCAGCAGGCAACGUAAAAUGCGACGCGGUGAUGAGGGUCGCCGUCACGCUUCAUCAGAGGAAGGGGAUGAUGAAGGUCAUGAUGCCAACGACGGAGAACCGCGGAGUGUAGAGGAGGGAACUGAGCACGAGGAGGAGGAAGAGGAAGGCGAGGAGGAAGAGGAAGGUGAGGAGGAAGAGGAAGGCGAGGAGGAAGAGGAAGGCGAGGAGGAAGAGGAAGGCGAGGAGGAAGAGGAAGAGGAAGAGGGUGAGACUUCUGCACGGGGAGGUGCAGAGGAUUAGGAAAUUUAGGCGGAGUUGAUGCCGCUGACUGCAAAGUUUGCGGUUUCGCGGUUUAUCUUUCGC